AUGGGCGGCCCCGAGCUCCCAUUCRUCCUGUUGGCGCUAGUCCUCUGCCAGGCGCCCCUGGGGCCAGCAGCCCCGGUGCCGGUGGGCGAAGGGACGGUGCUGGCCAAGAUGUACCCGCGCGGCAAUCACUGGGCGGUGGGGCACUUAAUGGGGAAAAAGAGCACGGGAGAGUUCCCCUACGUGUCCCAGGGAGAUGGCCUGAAGCAGCAGCUGAGGAAACACACUCUGUGGGAAGAGGCUGCAAGGAAUUUGCUGGACCUCAUACAGGAUAAGGAGGACAGAAGCCAUCAGCCACCUCAACUCCAGCCCCUGGGCAAUCGCCAACCCACUUGGGAUUCAGAGGAACGCAGCAACUUGAAAGAUGUAGGAAGUAGAGGUGCAAUUGGCAGACUCUCUGCUCCAGCCUCUCCAGAGGAAGGAAGGGAUGCCCAGCUGAGGGACAAUGACCUCAGAGGAGCCAAACAAAAUCCCUGAGAGACUGCCUUCCGCAAGUGUCACCUCUGCUGGAUCUGCAGGAUCUCCUUUGUGCAGAACAUCUAACCAUCCUCGUAUCUCU